AACGCCUGCCGCUCGCUUUGCACGGCGCAUCCACCCGCAGAUACACACACACACACACACACACACACACACACACAACGCUCAGGAGCGGCGGCGGCCACCAGCCGCCCCAUCACAUGCGAGCGAAGGGGAGAUUACGGUGGGGCUGGAGGAGCAAUUCCUUGGCUCCCUCCUCCUGCAAUCCUCCAGCGCUCGCAGCACGGACGGACAGCGAGUGAACGAGCGAGGAUGGCUUCCCCCUUGCUUUGCCUUCUCCAGCCUCUUCCUCCACCAGCACCAGCUCCUUUCCCUCCUCCUCCUCCUUCUCCAUCCCAGAGGAGAUGGUGAUUCGGAGUAAGGAAUACAGAGCAAGGGGGGGAAAUCAUCAGCGAGGGGCAAGAGAGAGAGGGGGGGGAGAAACACACACACACACCCCUCCCGAACCAAAACAAACCCAUCUCUCCCUCUCCCUCUCUCGCCUCUGCCACCGCGGAUUGUCAACAGAUCAUUUGCAAAGGAAACCUGAGAGCAACCCCCUCUGGAAAGGCAGCAGGGGAUUCCGGAGCCUUUGUGCUUUCCCUCGCCAGUGUUUAUGCUGAGCGUGGUCUGUCUCAGGAAGCUUCAGAAAUGGAGGACCCUAUUUGAAGAGGACCCAACCUGACCAAACCUUACUUGUGCUUCUCCCCUAAAGACUCUGGCGUUGCUGCUGCUUCCUUGUCAGGAUGGCCGAAAGGGCUCCUCCAGGGAUAAACAAAAAAUCUUCAAGGUCUACCCAGUCCCUUCCACCAGAACCAGUGGAAAUAAUCCGGAGCAAAGCGUGUUCAAGGAGAGUCAAAAUCAAUGUAGGGGGGCUCAACCAUGAAGUUCUAUGGAGGACUUUAGAUAGACUUCCACGAACACGCUUAGGGAAGCUUAGAGACUGCAAUACAAACGAAUGCUUACUAGAAGUAUGUGAUGACUAUAAUCUCAGUGAGAAUGAAUAUUUCUUUGAUAGACACCCGGGUGCUUUCACCUCCAUUUUGAAUUUCUACAGGACGGGGAAGCUACACAUGAUGGAGGAAAUGUGUGCCCUCUCUUUUGGCCAAGAGCUAGACUACUGGGGGAUUGAUGAGAUAUACUUAGAAUCUUGUUGCCAGGCAAGAUACCAUCAGAAGAAAGAGCAAAUGAAUGAAGAGCUAAGGAGAGAGGCAGAGACACUGAGAGAAAGAGAAGGGGAAGAGUUUGACAAUGCCUGCUGCCCAGAGAAAAGGAAAAAACUAUGGGACUUGCUGGAGAAACCCAACUCAUCAGUUGCUGCAAAGAUUUUGGCCAUUGUAUCUAUUUUGUUCAUUGUGCUGUCCACCAUUGCUUUGUCACUCAACACUCUACCUGAGCUUCAAGUAAUUGAUGAAUUUGGACAACUAAAUGACAACCCCCAGCUAGCACAUGUAGAAGCUGUGUGUAUAGCUUGGUUCACUAUGGAGUACCUUUUGCGUUUCCUGUCAUCUCCAAACAAGUGGAAGUUCUUCAAAGGUCCAUUAAAUGUGAUUGACUUGCUGGCCAUUUUACCCUACUAUGUCACCAUUUUCCUCACAGAAUCCAACAAAAGUGUGCUGCAGUUCCAAAAUGUCCGCCGUGUUGUUCAGAUAUUCCGUAUUAUGAGGAUACUCAGGAUCCUUAAACUUGCCAGACACUCGACAGGCCUUCAGUCUUUAGGAUUCACACUCAGGAGGAGUUACAAUGAAUUGGGUUUAUUGAUAUUAUUUUUAGCAAUGGGUAUCAUGAUAUUUUCCAGUCUUGUAUUUUUUGCUGAGAAAGACGAAGAUGCUACGAAGUUUACUAGUAUCCCUGCAUCAUUUUGGUGGGCCACCAUCACUAUGACUACAGUAGGCUAUGGUGAUAUAUAUCCUAAGACUUUACUAGGUAAAAUUGUUGGAGGAUUGUGUUGCAUUGCUGGAGUGCUGGUAAUUGCUCUACCUAUUCCCAUCAUAGUCAACAAUUUCUCUGAGUUUUAUAAGGAGCAAAAACGGCAGGAGAAAGCCAUUAAACGAAGGGAGGCACUUGAGCGAGCAAAAAGAAAUGGAAGCAUUGUCUCAAUGAAUCUAAAAGAUGCCUUUGCCCGCAGCAUGGAACUGAUUGAUGUAGCCGUGGAUUCCGGUAAGACUGAGGAAGCAGCCAACUCCAAGGAAACCCCUGACGAUAACCACUUAUCUCCAAGCCGGUGGAAAUGGGCCAGAAGGACAAUGUCUGAAACAAGUUCUAACAAGUCCUUGGAGAAUAAAUAUCAGGAAGUGAGCCAGCAAGAUACCAACGAAAAGCUCAACAAUAUUGUCACAGCCUCCAGCCCCCAACACUUGAGUGCUCAGAAACUCGAAAUGUUAUACAAUGAAAUUACUAAAACUCAGUCUCAGCCUAAUCUCAAUGCCAACUACCAAGGCCCGUCAGCGAAACCUCCCUUAUACGAGGAGGAAAUUGAAAUGGAAGAGGUUGUUGGGCAAGGAGAACCAUCCAUGUCAGGGCAAAGAGACAUAGUGACGGACAUGAGAAGCAUUUCCAGCAUUGAUAGCUUUGCCAGCUGUGCAACCGAUUUCACUGAGACAGAUCGGUCUCCCUUGCCCCCAUACUCUGGUUCUCACCUGCAGCUAAGGUUCCCACCUGACUCUGUCCAUUUGGAAGACCAAAGAGCAAAGAGUUCUCAGUUUUUAUCACACACCAAGGAUAAAAUGUUUGCCCCCAGAGACGUCACCUUUGAGUACUCCCCAGUUGAUACAGCCAUGAACAUGGAUGACGCUGGCUCCCAGUCUCUGCUUCAUGGCCCUUUGCACUUUGACAGCUCCAUGUUAAGUCCCAAAAGUUCUCUCAAAGGAAGCAAUCCAUUAAAAGCAAGGUCCCUUAAGGUUAAUUUUAAGGAAAACAGAGGUGGCGCUCCACAAACGCCACCGAGCACUGCAAGGCCACUUCCAGUAACAACGGCAGCAGAUUUCAUGCAAUCCACCCCUCCUCAGCAUAUCAGCACCAUUCUCUUAGAAGAGAAUUCACCACACGGCGACAGGCCCUUGCUGGGUGCUGAUGCCUCCAUGGUUUGCCAGAGCAUUCCUAAGAAAUCAUCCCCUUCUCUGUUUCCAAAGCAAAAGCUUUUUACUUUCCCUUCCAAAGAGAGGAGAAGCUUCACCGAAAUGGACACUGGAGAAGAAGAAGACUUCAUGGAGAUUCCUGGAAUGACAAGACAUGACAGAGAGCAGGAUAUCAAGACAAACUGCUACGGGGAAAAACACAAAGAUGGGAACCAUUUAACAGAAGAGCCUCGAGUCAGCUCUUCUUCCCCCAAAAUCUUGGGGCAAAACUGUACACAAGACAUUUACAGUGUCGGGGGGGAUGUAAAAGGGGACAAUAGCCAAGAAGGUCACAAAAUGGAAAACCACUUGUUUCCCCCAGAAAUCCAUACAAAUCCUGGAGAAACUGGCUACUGUCCCACACGGGAAACCAGCAUGUGACUAGUCAGGAGAGCAAUAAUGACAAAAACUGAUUUCUUAAAACCACAAUUAGUAAUGCCUAUGAACUAAAACAUGGGAAGCCUCAGAAGUAAAAAAAAAUAAAAUGUUAUUUUUGCAUGGCAUGAAGAGUUGGUUAGUUUAAGUACUGUUUAAUUUAAAAGUGGAAAUCUGCUUUUUUUGUAACAAAAAAGGAGAAAAAAUCAGUUAAAAAAAUGAUGCAAGAACAGUGAGUAAAAUAAAGAGCUCUUUUAGGAGCCCAUAUUCUGCAACGUCUGACAUUUUUGGUCCUUUCACUAAUGAUUGUAGAUAAGUCUUUUUUUAAAAAAAAUAUUUUAACUUUUUUUGCUCUUGGUUAUAAUGAAUUUUGGGAAUUUGCACAUGAAAGGAUGAAAUGCCGAUGCAUGUGUUCAUAAUGGUGUGAAACAAGGUGCUUUGAGCCUGCAAAAUGCAUACAUUUGUAAAUAGUUUGGGUUUGUGGGGAGAUCUACAGUUAUCAAGGAUAUGUGGAAAAUACGUUUCCCGGGACACAGGUACUUCCUUCACAGUUUGCUGCCUGGAGGAUUUGUACAGACUUAUGUUGCAAAAUUGCAACUUCUUCUUAAAGCAUCUCACCUAUCUUGCUUUCUGUUUAAAAGCUCAUAAAGUAUAAGCUGUUUGUUUAAGUGAAUGACAGUGUUUUCUCAUCUAUCUGUGAAGUAAAUCAUAGCUCAAAUUAUUUUUAUUUGCAUAGAUUUCACGGAUAAAUUUGCAAGUUUUGAGUAAAAUUCUAUUUAGACUGUGCAAGAUUUAAUGACCAGAAAUUGAAAACUUGAUAUAAGAACUGCCAAAAUCAAAACAAAGACAAGGACACCAUUACGUUACAUAAUAAAAUUAUUUAUAUGGCAAUAAAAUGUGCCAAAUGGCCAUGAAAAAAUGAUUAUUUUAUAUUUAAAAGUUCAAAAGUUUGUAUUACAGUUACAAUUGCUGUAUGCACUAUUUUUAAUAUCUUAUUUUUUUAAAUGAAGUUUUUGUGGUUGUAAGUUUGCUUCUAAAAUCUCUUUAGGAGUGCUGUGGCUUUUGUCCACCACUUCUUUACCACUAGGCGCCCCAAUUUUAGAUAACUUAUUAAUUUCAGAAUACCAACAUGAUUACACUUUCUUGAAUCAACGGACAAGGAUCGCUGCUUUAUGAGCAAAGUUGGAAAACUCAGAGUAGGCAAUCUUUUCAUUGUGCCCAGCCUCUGCUUCAAUUUUGCAAAAGUGGUGUUUUAUACAGACUUUGCUGUGGGCAGUUUUGCUCUAUCGGGUUUUUCAUAUCUAAUUAUUGCAAUUAAUUAACAAAUUAACAAAAUCAUUUGAAACCUCUGUGGAUUUCUUCUUCUUCAUGCUCUUCCAUCACAUGCAUUCUAUGUUAAUCAAUAGGAUAAAAGCUCUCCUGCAAUAAGAUAAAAAAGCAUGUGAACGGAACUUUCCAAAUUGUGUACCUUUUGCCCAAAUUCCAAUAAUUUCAGUAGAAUAAUUAUUUCUGUAAAUUUAAAGAAGCUGUUCAAUGCAUUAAAAAUAUUUUCAAAUCACAAAACAAUAUUGGACCUAAUAAGCUUAAUAAUUUUAAUUUUCUAAUAAAAACAAUAUUAUAAUUUGGGGGGGAGAGUUCUUCAACAUAAAACCUUACCCACUUACACUGAUUUUACUCAGUGCAGACCACUUAAAAUCCAUGUUAGCUUCAACAGAAUAAUUUCUAAUAUAGCUGAGCAGAAUUCAAAAUUUCUCAUAUGCUCCCUUAAAGGAAAUUUUCCUUUAAUUUCCUUCCCUUUUUUCCUUUUUCCUUUUCCUUUUCCAUUCUUUUUUCUAUUUUGCUGCAACAGCUUUCAAAGAGAAAACUGGGCCUUAUCCUGUCGCCCUCAGGUUUUACUUUUAUAAGGAAAUGUCACCAUCAUGUAUUUAAUAUGUGUCUUUUGGACCAAAUACCAAGCACAGCAAAAGUCAUCUUUAUUUUUUUCCAAUUCUUAGACCCUUUUUAAUACUUGCCUUUGUUUUUAAAUACAGUAUCUCCAGAUAUUUCUCUUAAGAAUUAAUAAUGCAGUUAAAUGUCAUUUCUUAAAAAACAAAAAACAAUGUCUGGUCAUUAGGUCUCAAAAUAUGCAUUUGUUCUUCAUGGCUGUCCAGGUAAUUAUAUUUCUGCAUAUGAUUUAAGUUAAUUAUGUGGCAUUCUGCUUAAUCCUUUUCAAUGACCUCCAUUUUAUUUUAUGAACCUCCUUUGUUUAUGUCUCUUGUUUUAUUGAUAGAUAUUCCCAUUGACUGAGACUAAAUGCUAACUAGCUUUUAAAAGACAUUGCUCUGUAAUUUCUGUACUUUUUUAACACCAUGCUGCCCUAUUUGAUCUGUCUUCAUAAUGACAACCAUAUAAAGAACAAAACCAAAGGCUAAAUGAAACCUUGGGCUUCGGUUGAAAAUGGGAGGUUGGUCACUGAUUUCAAUGAAAUCCUAGUUUCAUUCAUAAUCCUUACCCAGGGAAAACACUUGUUGGCUACCAUGACUGUUCUAUCAUGAGCUAUAGGUGGAAGGAUCCAAAGCUAAAAUAUGCUCUUUUCAUAUGUAAUAAACUAUUCCUAUCUUCAGAGCCCUGCUGAUGUACCAUAUGAGAUACAUGUUGAUGUUCCUUCCCCUUGGCUAGUACUGGUUUCAGUCUACAUAUGUGUCAAGACUUUGGAUUGUAUCCGGUGUUAGCUAUACUCAGAAUAGACAUUGAAAUUAAUGAACAUGACUUAGCUUAGGUCCAUUUAUUUUAUUGGGUCUAUCCUGAAUAAAACUUAGUUGGAUACAACUUUUUGUCUCCCAAGCUACGUCCAUUAAACAAUAAUUUGGAAGCCCUUUGCUACUGGAUACAAAAAUGUUCUAAGCUUAUCUGAAUCUGACCUCACAUAUGUUGUUAGGAGUAAUUCCAUUUGUGCCACACACAAAAAUGUUCAUUAACACAAGAGCAUGCCUUUGAGGUAAGCUCAAGAGCAUGAACCUAUUUUUGGAUAGUGGAGAAAGAGAAGGUGUUUCAUUUAUUUUCAUACAUAUGGGCCUCUAUAAAGGGUAAGAAACAUUGUGUCCUCUUCCUAAAAUGGGUUUAAGAACCGAAGCUUUACUAAAGAUAGCAUACCAUCCAGAUAGCCUGUAAGCAACUAUAUGUUCUACACUUACUCUAGGGUAGCGAAUGUGGUGCUCAAGUGAUGUUGUUGGACUCCAACUCCCAUCCACCCCUGUCAGUAUUGUCAGUGGUCAGAGAUUAUGGGAACUCUAGUCCAGCAACAUGCGGAGGGCACCAGGUUGGCUACCCUGAUAGAUUGUUCCUUUCUAUCUUAUGGAACAACAACAUCUGGCAUCACAUUACCACUCCAUGUUCAUUAUGGUUCUACAACAUCAGAUAAGUCAUUGUUUGUACUUCAAAAGCAAACUCAAAUUACAGGUAAAAAAAAAACAGUGGCACCUUAAAGACUAACAGAUUUUUAUUAUGGCAUCAACUUUGUGUCCUGACUAAUGCAUAGUUUUGGUAACAGCAUUUCCAGUAUUUGGUCACAGUAAACUUGGAAAGGAAAGGAAAGGAAAUGGAAAACAACCCUCACACUACAGGAAGAAACACAGCAACAAGAGGGAGAAGGAAAGGCAGAGUACCUGUGAGUACCUAAGGCAUGUUUAAAAACAUACUACUGCUAUGUUUAAUUACCUGUUGCUUGUAUAAUAAGGUAACUAUUGUCACAAAAGUCAAUGUUAAGACUUUUGUUCCAACCCUAUAUUGCUUGCCCAUCCACCACUAUUCUUGAAACCAACAUAAAAAAUCCCAUUCAUUGCUGUUUGGGGAUUGCCUGCUAAGACUGCCAUCCUCUGGCUAGCUUCACCAACUGACUCCAAGUGUGAUGUAGCCAGAAAUGGUUGCAUACUAAGAAUUUAGCAAGGAUGCUCUUCUAGCUAUAUGACAUUAUAAGAUAACAGUAUAUUUUUUAGCAGUGCUAGUCUAGGGUUCUCUUCUGCCCCAUUUUCCUAAAGGGGAGACAAAUGUAUUCAAAUAUGCUAACGGAUAUAUUUAAUAACCUGUGACUCUUUGCCACAAGUUUUCCAAAGCAACUCAUUUCUCUCUACUCAGCUGAUCACUGAUUUGGCACUUGAUCACUGAUUUGGCUUUGUUCUGUGAUAACUGGGAGGUGGUGUUGCUGGCAACUCACCAAGCCGAGUUCGGCUGUGUACAAUUGAUAAAUAGCUUGUCAGAGACUUGGAAGCGUUACUGUUCAGCAAACAUUGCCAGUGGUGGACACAUUCACUUUUUGUGUCCCACUUUGAUGUUCAAACCAAGUUUACACCUUUCUGUAGUGAUAUGUGAUGUGCUUAAUGCAGUUUAAUACAUAGAUUUUCUCAGGGACAAAAAGAAUUUGCACUGAAUUAUUCCAAUUAAGCAAGCUGCAGAAGCUUGCUUGCAUUACAGUCGUCUGCCUAAGCUCCAUUGGGUUCAAGUUCAACUGCAGCCUUACAAAGCAAUCCAGCCCCUCAAACCUGGCCUGCUGUGAUGGAGAGAGUAUGGAUGUGGCAGAAGUGUCCCUCUGCUUGGCUCUGCUGGCAGCAUCCUUCACCACCACAGAUGUUCCCCCGGGACCUGCUGAAAGCACAGACAGGUAGAUGCUACUACCUCAGGUAUCCCUGCCAGUGGUAACUAGUAAAAACUCCUGAAAUGGGACAUUUCUGGGGAAGGGAGGGGUGAGAAAGGAAUGGAGCUGGGUCAGCAAAGGAUUUGCUGGAUCCAAAACCAGUCCAGGUACCAGCAGUGGCUCUAAUUUGGGCCUCUCUGCUAUAGCAGAGCUGGGGGAGGAAUUGCCCUCACUUUUCACCCAGGACAGCAUGAGAGGCAGGUGCUUUGAAUGUGGCGGCUCCUCUCCUUCCAGGAGGAAGUUAGAAUGGUUCCCUUAGUGGGUUUCAUGCUCUUAAUUUGUUUUUGGAACAAGGCAGUGCAGAUUUAUUUCUUUAUUUUAGCCCAGAAAGACUAUACUUUGCAAUUGUCUUGAGCACACUGCAUAUAAAAAAAAAUCCUCCCAAAAUCAGCACCCAUUUGGCUUCCUUCCUUUUUUAGCCAUUUCAUGUUGGGAUGCUGCCCACCUCCAUUUCCUGCAGGUUUUCUGUAGCACAGGCUUCCUCAAACUCGGCCCUCCAGAUGUUUUUGGCCUACAACUCCCACAAUCCCUAGCUAGCAGGACCAGUGGUCAGGGAUGAUGGGAACUGUAGUCUCAAACCAUCUGGAGGGCUGAGUUUGAGGAAGCCUGCUGUGGCACAUCAAGCUGCAAAAGCCAAAGCAGGUGUACAGAAGUAUGCCUGGCAUUUUUGUAAUAGCUGGAGGUUUGUUUCAAUGUGCUGACGCCUAAAGGCUACUUGCUUGUAUCCCCCCUAUGUGCCUGAGCACUUUGGGGACUUUUGUUUAGGGAUUUGACUUUUCCCAUUCCUCUUUUACAUAUGCAUAAGUAUCAAGCUGCUAGUCUUUGGUCAAGCCCAGUGUCAUAGCAGCAGUGAAACGGAAGUUCUUCCAGAUAAACAAAUAUGUGCAUGCCACCUUGGCAGCUCACUUACUAUGAGAAAUAUCAGAAGAGCUGCACACACCCCUUUCCCACCUUUGCUUCUUAAAGCACAGCACAAACACACAGAGAGAAAGGUGCCCUGAGGAUCAACAAAUCCCUGGAAUGUAAUGCAAAUCACAUAACACACACACACACACACACACACACACACACACACACACACGACGUUCUUUCUGUUCAUGCAUGAAUCUGUUUGGAUCCUGGCCAAUGCAGCCUCUCACCUUUAUUAUAACGAGUGAGCAAUCUUCAAAGAGGACACAGUGGUUGGUCUAAGUGAUUGCUCCGAGUGACACAGUGUAGCACUCAAAAUACUGUUCAUUAAGUGUCAAACUCUACUGAGACAGCAAGCAGUAUUAGUUUGGAGGCAAGCACUUCUGUACACUCACAUUAUGUAACAAGGUGAUCAGCCUUCCACAGUCUGGGGCCCUCCAGAUGCUGUUGGACUCCCAUCAGCCUUAGCCAGCAUGGCCAAUGGACAGGGAUUAUGGGAGUUGUAGUCCAAAAAUAUUAUAGGCAUAGGGCUGAUCAAAAUCCAACUCCACAGAAGCCGCAGCUGGCCAUGAAAGCAAAUGGGCUGCUGCUCUCUUGGAGCUGCUUCUGAUUUAUAAUAAACAAGACCACAACCUGCCUGCAGAGUGUUUUCUGCCCAUGUCUUAAAUGUAAAUGGCUACUACCUAAGUGGACAAUGAUGGAGAAUCAGCUUCUCAACCAUGUAUAUUUAUGUCCUGAAAAAAGGUGUGGAUAGGCUUUUCUCCAUAUUGGGUGUUACAUGAAAUUAUUAUUUAUUUAAUUUUCCCAUUGUCUCCCUAUAUGUUCACUUCAUCAUGCUGCUUACACAGGGUGUUUCAGAUUCGUUCUCACAAGGGAUGGAGCCUUGGGUCCAGAGAUUCCCACGUGAGGGCAGAAAGCGCUUCUGUUCAACUUAAGGCUGCUGUUUUGCUUUUGAGAGGGUCCCCCUGGAGUGGCUUCUCCAGAGCAAGCUACAGCCAGAUGAAAAAUCAGCACAGCCGUAUGUCAGUGGAAACUCUUUCUGCUUGCACACAGGGACCUCUGAGUAAGCCAGCCCUCAAAAAGCAGUAUCCAAAACCAAGCUGAAACUAAACGAUCGGUUCAUUUACUGUGGGUGCAGGCAAAGUGGUUUCCUGUCUGUCUAGGUCAGAGUAUUGGAGAGAGAAAGAAUUGCAUCCCCACAUCCCUGGGCGGAGGGCGGAGUUUUAGUGUUAUUCCUCUAUAUAUUCUCAGAGCUUUAGCCAUGUUCAUCAUAUGCAAGUCAGUGCCAGCCAUGCAGAUAAAAAUCUAAACAUUUAGAGAUCAGUUUUCAGUAACAAACAGCACUCAGCACUUAGCCUGUUGCAUUGAGAUAACUGUAAAUAACCACUCAAUAUGUACUGUUUCAUGUUUAUCAGUUAGAUGUUAUCUCCCAUAUUUGUUUCAUAUCUACAGUAGCAUGGACUGAGUUUACUUAACAAUGUUUUCUUCUAUGGACUCUACAAAUACUGUGGUGGGAGAGGGAAGCACAACAGUAUUUUUAAAAAUUGUACUGGCACAAUAGCUGUGUCUUUACUAUUGCUCAGUUUUCAACAAAUGGCAGCAUUUCACUGUAAACUGCUAUACUAACAACAUAUUCUCCUUUUUAAAAAACAAAGCAUCCUUUUGGGAUAGGAGAUAUGUGCAUAUAUGAUAAGUCUCAUCUAAUCUCAUUCAUCUGCCUUUACAAAAUGCCCCAUCCAAAAUGGGAGAGUCUGCUGCUUUUGUUGUAUAUAUUACUUCUAUUUUAGGGAUGGAGCAGGACUGAAAAUUACAGUGUUCUUGUAAGGGCAUUUUGCAAUGGUAACAGCAUCAUGCAUGCUUUGUUGCAUCUUUGUAUUUACUAGAAAUGUCUUGUUUUCACCUUUUAUUUUUCUGUAGAGAGCAUACCACUUUAACUCCCCACCCCCACCCCUCCGCUGUCCAUCUUGCACCAUUAAUAGAACUUCACAUAUAAUGGUAUUCGUAUCAAUGUUUCCAUAUCAGCUGCAUUUUAACAUCAUGAAAAGGAAAUGUGGUUAUUUUUAUUUUUUGAUUAUACUAGUUUUUUGCUGAUCAGCUAAAUAUUUCUGCACCAAUCAGCAUUUAAAUAUGCAUGUGGUAGUCUGUAUUGUACAGUUGUUCAACAUCAAAAUACUUGUUUAUUUUCUGUCAAAUGUCUGUAAAAUGAAUGGCAUUGUUCUCCAUUUCAGUCUGCCAGAAUAAGCAGAAUAGUCAAUAAAUGUGUAAAUGAA